GUGGACAGUGUGGAAGCUAUCUUUGAUGUGCACUCAUAUUCUUGAAAUCGAACAGCGUAUGUAUACUCUCGCUCAUUCGAGGUCACUAUUUUAGUCAGGACGGCAUUUAUUUUAUUAUCAUCUUAUAAUAGUGAGAUUGUACUGCCUUGUACAAACAUAAAAUUAAUUGCUCCUCAGUAACAUCUGAUACCUUAAGUACCGAAUUAAAAACAAGAAAUGGAUGCAAAUUCUGAAGAUGUGCCGCAGACGGAAGUUGUAGUGACGGAUAUGGCUCCCGAAGAAAACGCCGAACAACUCGAAGCGUCUGUAGAACCCGGACAAAAUGUUAAUCAUUCAAUUGGUGAAAGCAAUGUCGAUUCAAGUUUGGUCGUUGUGGAGAAAGAAUCUGAUGAAGACACUAAGGAAUCGGAUGAAAUACCCACCACUAAUAUUGCUAAAAUAGAUUCGAUUGUGGUAGCGGAUACGGAAACUCCGAGUCUGGAAACAGCGGCCACGGAAAACCCGGCUAUUGCAGUGGUGGAAACAGAGUUUGAAAAUUUAACUACCACUGAAAUUGAUUCUAUCAGCGGAGCAAAUUAUCAAGAUGUUCCUAUAGACAAAACAUCCAAUAAUGCCAGCGAAUCGGAAAUGGAAACAGAACAUCAAAUAAAUGCCAAAUUACAAGUAGAGCAAGAGGAAGAAACUAAAUUUGAGGAUGAAACGGAGUCAGAAGAUCGAACAGAAUCUGUGACAGAAGAAGAUAUCGUCCUAAAUACUAUCGACUUGGCAGUGAAAUCUGAAGCACCGUCUGAAGCAAUCGAAAGUCAAACUGCUUUGGUUAAAGAGUCUACAAAUAAAAAGGGUACAGAUUUGAAGGAAAAAUCGAAUGGUUCAUCUGAUAUAACGGCUCAAAAACCUAACGAAUUUUCUGAUGAGAGAAUAUCAAAUGAUCAGAAAACCUUUAACAACCAAAUUCAGGACAUUAUAUCUGAUAUAGAUAUAAAUAUAAAAACCCAAGAAAAAAUUACCCAGCUUAAGGAGCAAGAGCUGAAGCUUAUUCAGAAACAGAACGAACUGACAAACCAAAUUCAGCAGCAGCAGAUUCUGGCUCAACAACUGACUGCCCAAAAUCAAUUCAAACAAAAACAGUGGGAGCAACAGCAAAUUGAGCAACAAACUUACCAGCGGGAUGGACUAUCCUCUGCGCAAUCCCAUUUGCACACCGCCUACAAUCAAAGUGAUGAUGGACAUAAUAAAAAAGAAACAACCAAUUUAUCGAAGUCAGUUGAUUUGCGAAAAAUAUUUACACCUGCGACCGAUGCUGUUGAAAUAUUGCCGAAAAAUCGAAAGCUAUAUGCAUCAUCCGCAUUUUAUUCUCCAAACCUACAUCCAACUGUGGAAGACCAGGUUGAGCUAGCCCGAAGAAUAUCCCAUUCAUUGAGUGAUAUCAGUAACCAAACGUCUAAGGGUCAAACAAUGUAUGUCAAUCGCAAGAAACGCUCAGUAAAAUGGGUUCAUGAAGGUAGUGAUAAAGAGGAAGAAUGCACAAGUGAAGCUAAUACGUUAUAUAAAGAAAAUGCAGAUGCAAAUUCCAUGCUGGAACUAACUAAGCUGGAGAAAAUUCCGCUAAAGCUCAUAAUGAAUCCAAGAGGACAGGUCCGCGACUAUAACUCACUCAAAGAUUCGAUUAAUGUUGAAACUGGACUGUUAUCGCCAGACAAUUGCGCUGAACUAAUAACCGCACUAAAACUUCAUCAGGGACGAGGUGCCGAAUUGUUUGCAAAACGUCGCAGAAAGGCUGAUAACUGGGUAGUCGAUGAAAUAAAUGCAGGGGCUCAAAGUCAUCCAUCUGGUCUUCCAGAUUAUCAGCAGUAUCAGCCAAAGCCGGCAACCUCGCCAAACAUUUUGCCGGCGUAUUCUGAUGCUGGAAAACAUCGCGUUCAAUUAAAUAUUCAUCAAGAUCAAUUGAUAGAAAAGUAUUCUAAACCUGGACUUCAGGUUGUUAAAUCGCCUUGGGAGGCCGCGUUACAGACAGGUUCAGCAAGCUCUGCUUUUUUGGAGGAAUCCAAACCUCCAAUGCAAACGGUCUCUUCGACCGUACCAAAAACAUAUUUUCAUAGUGGUGGAAACGACUUGACAGAUGCAGUGGAUCCAGUAUCCUAUGACAUACCAUUGAGUAAUCAGCAGGAGUCAUACAAAGAGUCUCUUAACCAACAUGUUAAACAACAAUCAUCCAUUUUGCCCUCGAAUCCACAAAGAGAAUUGGCUUACAAACCAAGUGUUGCCCAGGGCUGGGGAGGUCGUAACGUGGAAUUACCAAGAGGCUUAUACGUUCCGAAGGAAAUCUCCUUAGCCAGCUAUGCACCACCACCAAAGAAUUUUACAGAUCAGCAGCCAGCAUAUUCGGGUCACAACAUUUCAAAUAUCAACACAACCUACGAACAUUCACAUCGGCAUCUGCCCACAGCAACCUCUAAUGCAAAUGAAAAAUCGAUGGGAACUUGUUGGGGCUUUCCGGUUUCUAAGCCCAUGGUACGUGGGUUUAGUACAAUACCUCUAAAGCAACAGUUUUCUGCUCCUGCCGGCUACCAGAAAAUACUUCAAACCUCUGCCCAGGGAUCGUCGCAGGUCAACUUUAACCCAUCGCCGUUAUCAUUUGAGAAAUUGUCCAAGUUUGAGCAGUCAAAUUUGAGUUACCCGAAUCAAAAUCAAAAUUUUUUAAAUGUUCGGCAAAAUUCCCUAGUACAGAAUGUGUCGCCCACACCGUUUGUUUUUGGAUCCAGUGAGUCUCGAUUUUCCGUGGAAAAUGCUUCAAGAUCUCCUAGUUCUACUGUCUCGACUUCACCGCAACCCCUUCGAUCACCCUGUAUGUCUACGAGGUAUGGACAACCAUCUACAAAUACAGUACCGCGACUAACCUCUUCGAGCCAAGCUCAGACCUUUAACAAUUGCGCCCGCGGUUGGGGCACGGAACCAGAAAGUCAAUAUAUUUAUCCAGGACCAAACGUUUUACCAGUACCAGGAAAUAUGCCAUAUUCGGAUUUUUAGAUUUUGUGCGACUGAUGAAAUGCUUAUACCAAC